CUUUGAAGCGGCUCAUGGCAGAUGAGCUGGAGAGAUUUACCAGCAUGAGGAUGAAGAAAGAAAAGGAAAAGCCCAAUUCUGCUCAUAGGAAUUCAUCUGCCUCCUAUGGCGAAGAUCCUUCUGCACAAUCACUUCAGGAUGUCUCUGAUGAACAAGUGUUGGUCCUUUUUGAACAGAUGCUGCUGGAUAUGAACCUGAAUGAGGAGAAACAACAACCUUUGAGAGAGAAAGACAUCAUCAUCAAGAGAGAGAUGGUAUCCCAGUAUUUGCACACCUCGAAGGCAGGAAUGAGUCAGAAGGAGAGCUCCAGGUCUGCCAUGAUGUACAUCCAAGAGCUUCGUUCAGGCCUAAAGGAUAUGCAUCUACUUAGCUGCUUAGAGUCCCUUCGUGUGUCACUCAACAAUAACCCUGUCAGCUGGGUACAGACCUUUGGAGCUGAAGGCCUCUCAUCCUUGCUGGACAUACUUAAACGACUCCAUGAUGAGAGAGAGGAAUCUGUUGGAAGCUAUGACAGCCGUAAUAAGCAUGAGAUCAUACGCUGCUUGAAAGCUUUUAUGAACAACAAGUUUGGGAUCAAGACAAUGUUGGAAACAGAUGAAGGAAUCCUGCUACUGGUCAGAGCCAUGGACCCUGCAGUCCCCAAUAUGAUGAUCGAUGCAGCCAAACUACUGUCUGCUCUCUGCAUUUUACCACAGCCUGAGGAUAUGAAUGAGCGAGUUCUGGAGGCUAUGACAGAACGAGCAGAGAUGGAUGAAGUAGACCGCUUCCAGCCUCUUUUGGAGGGAUUAAAGAGUGGAACAUCCAUUGCCCUCAAGGUGGGAUGUCUACAGUUGAUCAAUGCCCUCAUCACACCUGCAGAAGAACUUGAUUUCAGAGUUCACAUCCGAAGUGAGCUGAUGCGCUCAGGUCUGCAACAAGUACUUAAGGACCUGCGGUUAAUGGAGAAUGAAGAUAUGAAAGUACAGCUGGCUGUGUUUGAUGAACAAGGGGAAGAGGAUUCCUAUGAUCUGAAGGGAAGAUUGGAAGACAUACGAAUGGAAAUGGAUGAUUUCAGUGAAGUUUUCCAGAUCCUCUUGAACACAGUCAAGGAUUCAAAGGCUGAGCCGCUGUUCCUGUCCAUCCUGCAGCACCUGCUACUGGUCCGAAAUGACUAUGAGGCCAGACCUCAAUAUUACAAGCUGAUAGAUGAGUGUAUAUCCCAGAUAGUGCUGCACAAGAAUGGGGCCGAUCCAGACUUCAAGUGCCGACACCUCCAAGUAGACAUUGAAGGAUUGAUUGAUCAAAUGAUUGAUAAAACAAAAGUGGAGAAAACUGAGGCCAAAGCUAUAGAGCUGGAAAAGAAGCUUGACUCAGAGCUAACUGCCCGGCAUGAGCUACAGGUGGAAAUGAAAAAGAUGGAGAGUGACUUUGAACAGAAGCUCCAGGACCUUCAAGGGGAGAAGCAAACCUUGGAUGCAGAGAAACAACAGUUAGUUACUGAGAAAAAGGACCUGGAGGCUGAAGUCUCUCAGCUGACUGGAAAGGUGGCCAAUUUGUCAAAGGAGCUAGAAGAUGCCAAGAAAGACAUGGCUUCUCUCUCAGCUGCAGUAGUUUCUCCUGUUCCUCUUGCCCCUAGCAGUGAUACUGUUCCCCCAGCCCCUCCUUUACCUGGUGGUAUUAAUGUUCCACCUCCCCCUCCUCUUCCUGGUGGUAUUAGUAUUCCCCCUCCACCUCCACCUCCUCCUCUUCCUGGUGGUAUUAAUAUACCCCCUCCACCUCCACCCCCUCCUCUUCCUGGUGGUAUUAGUAUACCUCCUCCACCGACUCCUCCUCCCUUGCCUGGUGGAGGGAGCAUUCCUCCUCCCCCUCCCCUGCCUGGUGGAGGGGGCAUUCCUCCUCCUCCUCCUCCUCUACCUGGGGGUGCUGGAGUACCCCCUCCUCCCCCUCCCUUACCUGGUGGUGCUGGAAUCCCUCCACCCCCUCCACUCUCAGGGGGGCCUGGAAUCCCUCCACCUCUCCCAGGAAUGUGUUUGCCUCCUCCUCCUCCCCCUGCAUUUGGGGGUCUGGGAGUGACCGCCGCUCCAGCUCUGCCUUAUGGAUUGGUUCCAAAGAAGCUUUAUAAGCCAGAGGUGCAGCUCCGAAGACCCAACUGGUCCAAGUUUGUUGCUGAGGAUCUCUCCCAGGACUGUUUUUGGACAAAGGUAAAGGAAGAUCGGUUUGAGGACAAUGAACUAUUUGCCAAGCUCACACUUACCUUCUCAGCCCAGACAAAAACUUCCAAAGCCAAAAAGGAUCAGGAAGGUGGAGAAGAAAAAAAGUCAGUGCAGAAGAAAAAAGUAAAAGAGCUGAAGGUAUUGGAUUCAAAGACAGCCCAAAAUCUCUCAAUCUUCCUGGGUUCCUUUCGUAUGCCCUAUCAGGAGAUCAAAAUUGUCAUCUUGGAAGUGAAUGAGGCUGUUCUGACAGAAUCUAUGGUGCAGAAUCUCAUUAAGCAGAUGCCAGAACCAGAGCAGCUAAAGAUGCUGUCUGAACUAAAGGAUGAAUAUGAUGAUUUGGCUGAGUCAGAACAGUUUGGUGUAGUGAUGGGUGCAGUACCUCGCCUUCGACCCCGACUCAAUGCUAUACUCUUCAAACUGCAGUUCAAUGAGCAGGUAGAAAAUAUCAAGCCUGAGAUUGUUUCUGUAACAGCUGCUUGUGAAGAGGUACGAAAGAGUGAGAGCUUUUCUAGCCUCCUGGAAAUAACCCUGCUUGUGGGCAACUUCAUGAAUGCUGGCUCCAGGAAUGCUGGUGCCUUUGGCUUCAACAUUAGCUUCCUCUGCAAGCUUCGUGACACCAAAUCUACUGAUCAGAAGAUGACACUGCUGCAUUUCUUGGCUGAAUUGUGUGAAAACAACUACCCUGAUGUGCUCAAGUUCCCCGAUGAGUUAACCCAUGUAGAGAAGGCCAGCAGAGUCUCAGCAGAGAAUUUACAGAAGAACCUGGAUCAAAUGAAGAAGCAGAUUUCAGAUGUAGAAAGAGAUGUUCAGAAUUUUCCAGCUGCCACUGAUGAAAAAGACAAGUUUGUGGAAAAAAUGACCAGCUUUGUAAAGGAUGCCCAGGAACAAUAUAACAAGCUUCGGAUGAUGCACUCUAACAUGGAAACCCUCUUUAAGGAACUGGGUGAUUACUUCCUCUUUGACCCUAAGAAAAUAACUGUGGAAGAAUUCUUUAUGGACUUAAACAAUUUCAGGAAUAUGUUUCUGCAAGCAGUCAAGGAGAACCAAAAGCGACGAGAGACAGAGGAAAAGAUGCGCCGAGCAAAGCUAGCCAAAGAAAAGGCGGAAAAAGAACGAUUAGAGAAGCAGCAGAAGAGAGAGCAGCUGAUAGAUAUGAAUGCAGAGGGCGAUGAGACCGGUGUGAUGGACAGUCUCUUGGAGGCCCUACAGUCAGGCGCGGCAUUCCGAAGGAAGAGAGGACCCCGGCAAGCCAACAGGAAGGCUGGGUGUGCAGUCACCUCUCUACUCGCCUCAGAGCUAACAAAGGAUGAUGCCAUGACUCCAUCUUCUGCUAAGGUGUCCAAGAUCAGUGAGGGAACCCGAGAUACACAUGAUAUUCGUGAUGAAAAUAAGGAACUGAUUGGUCGUGCAAGCUAGGCCUGGGCUUUGCAGCAACAUUGGCUAAAGAGCUGAGCUCAAGGCAACCCUGCCUUGCAGCAUGAGCCUAAGGGGUCAAGUGGAUUUUCCUCUAUGGCAGCCAACCUCCCCUGCCUCCUUUCUUUGGCCUGCUGCUCUCUGUACAGCAUACACAGCUUCAGCUAUCUGGAGGCAAGAAGGAAAGGACACCGAGGAAGAAGCCCUGGGCACCCACUCAGCACUGGCUGUUGCAUUACCAAAGCAGGGACCAUCUUAUGCUGCCUUAACCCUAACUGUCUUUCCUUCCUUAGUUACUGUGAUGCCACACCUCAGGCGGUGCCCAGCCUGCUUCCUCAGUCCCUGGCUCCAAAGGGGCCAACCCUAAGGUCAAUCUUGCUGGAUUAGUGUUCUUUUUGCUAUCUUGUGCCCUGCUGUGGCUUCUCUAGCCCGAGGAACUGCAUGGGGCUCUUGAACUUUUUAACUGUAUUCUUAUAUUGCCUAUCAUUGCUGCCAUCCAUGCUUUCUUCUCCCUCUCUCCAUUUGCUAUUGAUAUUUAUUGUUUAUGGUGAGGUGUUGGUUGCUGCUUCUAAAGAAAUGAGGAGCAGCUCUCACCUUCCCCCCACCUCCAGGAAAGGGCCCUUCUUCCCAGCUUCACAAAGCAAAAAGAACUGGACCACUAAUAUCCAGCUAUGGCAUGAGCUAGAGCACCUAAGGAGAAAUGGUCCUAGAAUCUAGGCAUUGCUGAACUGGGCAUCAAGAUAGGACAGCCUCCCCACACUCUCAACUUUAUUGAGUGUCCUUGCUUACUGUCCUACCCUACCUUUGUCUUCUGUACUUGCCCCCUCACUGCUGAUACCCACUGCCCUUGUUAUUCUUAGGGCCAUGGCUCAUCCCCACCCCCCAAGUUUCAGCUGUUAUAUGGCUGCAAAAGGCCCCCACCCUCUCCAAGUUUCCAGGGAAAGGGGAGGCAGAGCCUCCUGGCUAAGAAAUCGUUUUGCAAAUGGAUCUAUUUUUGUAUAAGAUGUUGUUUUUUAGAAAAUAUACAAAAAAAACACCCCUCUUCCCUGUUUCCUGCCCCCUCUUUCUCCUGAAUUUCUCCCCUCUGCUUAUCCUCAGAGACCAGGACCCCACUUCACUGCCCUCAUCUGAACCUCUUCCAAUUGGUAGAUUCAAAUUCCAGGCCCCAAGAAAUAGUUUUGGAUUAUUAAUUUCUGAGAUUUGUGAGUGGCUUGGUACUUAUUCCCCGGCCAGAUUAGGCCAGGUCAAGGAACUGAGAGGACCCAGGUACUGCUGAGUUUUUAUAAAUUUAAUAUAUUUGAAGAGCCAAAUGUGCAAAUGCUAACUGGGCACCAUGGGGAGGAGGGAGGUCCAGAUUAAGGGUUGGAAGGAUCAUGUGAGUAGGAUGCUCUGUAGGCACUGUGCCCUGAUUCUGCACUGGAUACACAUUUUGUGCCAUAUCCCCUAGCAAGGUAAAAAUUCUUAGGAUUCUCAAACAGCAAGGGAUUAUUUUGCCCCUCUUUACUACCUUACUCAUAGAUAAGAACAAGAGUGUGGGACCCUCUACAUUUAAUCCCAGGAAUGAUAGUUGGUGGGAUGAGGAAAGGUUAAAAAGAAGGCCUUAGGAAGCAAUCUGGAGGCCUCAAGGGCUGAAAAGGAAUUCUGGGAGUUGGGGAGGUCCAAAAUUCUGGACCUAGGACUUGGGGCAACAGCUGCUGCUGUGAGAACUUUUUUGCAAAUGCUGUGGUAUAAGGAGUACUUACUAUUCCUUUUGUCCCUCCCUGCUGGCUGACAUUCAGGCUUUGAGCCUUUCUUUUUUUAAAUCACUUUUGCUAAGAUGUAUUUGAUAAAAAAAAUAAAAUAAAAUAAAGGGCAAGAUACAAAUCUAUUUCCCUUGCCUUUUGGGCUUUUGGGACAUGUCAUCGCCUCUGAUUUGUUGGAUUUAUUUGUUUCAAACUGUUAAUAAAGCAUUGGAACGGUA